AUGUCCAAGACAGGCGAUUCCCAGACCCCGAUCGACUUAGCCGAGCUAUCAGAGGAUACCCUCGCGAUCGCCGAGGCACAACCACCACCAAGCAACGUCCACGCGCGAGAGAAAAAUCCAUACAGAGGCAGUGGGACUGAAGAUGAUCCCUAUAUUGUUGAGUUUCAUCACAAUGAUCCUAGAAAUCCAUACAAUUUCCCCAUAGCCAGAAGAUGGCUUUAUACUGCCAUUGCCACGAUAUCUGUCCUGGCUGUCACCCUCACCUCAGCCGCCUAUACCGGCUCAGCUACCGAGGUGAAGGAGGAAUUUGGCGCUAGUACCGAGGUAUUCGCUACUGGUGUCGCCGUCUAUGUUCUGGGCUUCGCAGUUGGACCAUGCAUGUGGGCGCCCCUGGGCGAACUGUAUGGGAGGCGUAUCUGGUUCAUUGUCACGCACAUAGGUGCAAUAGCAUUCAUGGCAGGCUCAGCCGGAGCCAACAGCAUGGCUACUUUGAUAAUAUUUCGGUUCAUUACCGGCGUAUUUGCAGCAUCCCCGUUGACCAACUCUGGGGGCAUCAUCGCAGACUUGUUCCCUUCAUCGGAACGAGGCACUGGACUCGCUCUAUUCUCUUGUGCCCCAUCCAUAGGGCCACCGCUUGGUCCGAUAAUUGGGGGCUUCAUCAGCGAGUCAGUAGGCUGGAGAUGGGUCCAGGGAGUAUGUGCCCUCUUCACAUUUGCCAUCUUUGUUGUUGGGUGCUUCCUGAUGCCUGAGACAUAUGCGCCGGUUAUCCUGUCCAAUGAAGCUGCCAGGCUCUCCCGUCAAACUGGAGAUGUCUAUAGAAGCCGAAUCCAAGCCGACAGUGGGAAGAAAAGCCCUCGACAAGUGUUCGCUCAUGCUUUGAAACGACCUUGGCAAUUGCUUUUCGUUGAACCAAUCAUCUUCAUUAUUUCUGUAUAUCUCUCCAUCUUGUACGGUACUCUAUAUAUGUUUCUUGGCGCCUUUCCCAUUGUCUAUCAGGAACAAAGAGGAUGGGGCGAAGGGAUUGGCGGCCUUUCAUUCAUUGGAAUGAUGGUCGGAAUGAUCAUAGGCUUAGGAUAUCUCGUGGCUUUCGACGUCUCGUACAGGAAGAAGGGAGACAACCAACCGCCCGAAGCACGACUGCCACCAGCUUUGGUUGGCUCCGUGUGUAUCCCCAUCGGCAUGUUUUCUUUCGCGUGGACGACCUUUCCGAGCAUUCACUGGUCUGCCAGCAUCACGCUUUCCUCCCUAUUCGGGUUCGGCAUGGUUCUGGAAUUCGUCAGCCUGCUAAAUUACAUCAUCGACGCAUAUGUGAUCUAUGCAGCUUCUGCGCUUGCAGCCACUGCCAUGAUGAGGUCCUUUUUUGGUACAGCCUUUCCCCUUUUUACGUCAAAGAUGUACCAUGGACUGGGAGUACAAUGGGCAAGUUCGAUCCCAGCAUUUUUAACCUUGGUGUGCAUGCCAUUCACAUUCUGGCUCAUCAGAAAGGGGCCGGAGAUACGAAUGAAGUGCAAGUAUGCCAAGGAGGCUGCCAAAAUCUUGUCGGAGCUUCAAGAGACGGAUUGA